UUGUCCACUCCACGUAGACGCGCAAAGCUAUGUGUAGGGGUGCGGAAACGUGGUAGCAGUCUGCUCUGCUUAUAUCUCACAGCAGAAACAAGUAAAAACAGGCUUCAGUUAGGCAGGUUUGAGCCUUUGUAUGCAGAAUGGAUUCAGUCUUUUCUGUCGUUGGAUCCUACAUUGACUGGGAUGUCAGAAGUCUGCUGCUCUUCACUGCAAUUUUCAUCCUCACUGCAGAUUAUAUUAAGAACCGUCGGCUGCACAGCUUCCCUCCAGGACCUCGGGUAUUUCCUAUUGUGGGCAACAUAUUCAAUGUGGAUUACAACAGGGCCCAUGAGAGUAUGACACAGUUAGCAGGGAAAUAUGGAGAUGUGUACAGCCUGCGAAUGGGCCAGAGGUGGAUUGUGGUGUUAAAUGGGUUUGAGGUUCUGAAAGAAGCUCUGGUAAAUCAGGGAGACAGCGUGGUGGACCGCCCGGACCUCCCGCUAGAGAUGGACGUCGGUCAUGGACUAGGUGUAAUGUUCAGUAGUGGCAACAGAUGGAAGCAGCAGAGGCGAUUUACACUUUCAACCCUAAAAUAUUUUGGAUUUGGCAAGAAGUCUCUUGAGCCUGUCAUCUUGGAUGAAUUUACACAUUGUGCAAAAGACCUCAUCAGCUAUAAAGGUAAACCAUUCAAUCCUCAAUUCUCCAUCGACAACGCUGUCUCCAACAUCAUCUGCUCCCUGGUUUUUGGUCAUCGCUUUGAGUACAAUGACGAGAAGUUCAUGAAACUGAUGAAGUGGUUUGACAGAUGUGUCAUGAUUCACGCCUCCAUCUGGGCACAGCUUUACAACUCAUUCCCUCGACUGAUGAGACGUUUGCCAGGGCCACAUCAGACAGUCCAGCACAUCUGGAACAAUUUAAAGGACUUCGUAAGAGCACAGAUGAAGCAGCACAGACAGAAGUGGGAUCCCUCAGACCAAAGAGACUUCAUCGACUGCUACCUGAAUGAGAUUGAGAUGAAUAAGGGGCAGGCUGACAGCACUUUUGAUGAGGAAAACCUGAUUACUUGUGUCUUGGAUCUGUUUGUGGCUGGCUCUGAGACCACAUCCACCACUCUGCGCUGGGCUUUCCUCUACAUGGCAAAGUACCCUGAGAUCCAGACAAAGGUCCAGGCUGAGAUAGACAGAGUGAUUGGACAGUCCAGACAGCCGUCCAUGGAAGAUCGUGUAAACCUGCCCUACACUGAUGCUGUCAUUCAUGAGAUCCAGAGGAUGGGCAACAUAGUUCCUCUCAGCCUGCCUCAUGUUACUACCAAGGACAUCCAGCUGGGAGGCUACACAAUCCCAAAGGGCAUUACAGUAAUCCUCAAUCUGACCUCGGUGCUGUUCGACAAGAAAGAGUGGAAGACGCCCAACACCUUCAACCCAGGACACUUUCUGAACGAGGAGGGCAAGUUUGUGAAGCCAGCUGCUUUCAUCCCUUUCUCUGCUGGUAAGCGGGUGUGUCUCGGAGAGAACCUGGCCAGGAUGGAGCUUUUCCUCUUCUUCACCUCCUUCAUGCAGCACUUCACCUUCUCCAUGCCUGCUGGGGUGAAGCCUGUGAUGGACUAUUGCUUUGGCAUCACUGUGGCACCACGUCCAUAUGAAAUCUGUGUAACUUCACGCUAAAAGUAGCUAACAAACAAUGUAUAGUCUCAUACAUAUUCUGGGCAUCUGAGAAGUUAAAUUUCUCUUUGUUGGAACUGCUAACAACUCAUUGACAUCUGAAAUGGUGUCUCAACUAGACACUGCUUUUUGCAAGUGGCCAAACGCCCAAAACAUUGGUAGCUAUUGAUUUAAUCUAAACCGCUUUAUAUUCCAUAGGCUUAUAUCUUAACCAUUUUUAUAUAACUACCCAACAGCAUUUGAGAUUGUUAAGAUUUGCUCUGCCUUGACCCACUACAAUUGUAAAAUGAUAUUUGCUGAUCAAUACAACAAUAAUAAUCAUACUACAAUACAAUAUUCACCAGUCUAACACUCACGGGGCAUUUUUGAGUACUGUUACUAUACUAUACAUAAAUUACAUUUUCAAUGUUUAACGUCAACUUGUAUUGGAGUAUCUUUAUAUACUUAUAUACAGGGGUGACUGUGGCUCAGUGGAAGAGCAGGUUGUCCACCAAUCGGAAGAUUGGCAGCUCGAUCCUGAGCUCCUCUAGCCUACAUGUCAAAGUAUCCUUGAGCAAGAUGCUGAGCCCCGAAAUUGCUCACAAUAACUGUUACAUUGGUGUGAGAGUGUGUUUAAAAACUGAGUAGCAGGUGGCACCUCGCCUCGGCCACCAGUGUAUGAAUGAAUGGGUGAAUGUGACUCGUAGUGUAAAAAGAUUUCAUUAUUUUCAGCAGUUUACGCUGCUAAGUUUGAGAUCAAAAGUCGGAUCUAAUAAUCUAAAAAUCGAUUUUCACUGCAAACUGAAUACUUGAACAACCCUGGAAACUAUGCAGCAAGGUUGUUCAGAAAAAAUACAUACAUAGAUAAAUGUCUUUUACUUUUGAGAACUUUCUUCUCCUUCUUUCUCCCAGUAAAUCUCUUAUUUGGUCUGACCAAUGACUAGGAAAUUGAAACACCACAAUGGUGAUGCUGAUGGCCCCAAAGUCAGUGUGAAAACAGGCAUAGUUCAGGUGUGUAGAGAGACAGUAGGGUAGAAUUGUCCAUGAAGUCAACACCAGAGGAGGCCCUUUACACAGUCUUCUCAUUGAUAUUAACAGCUGUACAACACAUUUCCUGUGCUUAAGAGUUGGUUGCCCUCUGCUGGACACAUGGUAAUUUUCUACAGUUCUAUCUGCAGGCAUGUCAAAUAAAAUACCAGAGAAGAAGAAAUGGAGAUUAAAAGCUUCAGCACUGGAUAAUCUGUCAGUAGUAUGAUCAGACUUGUUUGAUUACAGAUGGGAGAUGUGAGGAGUUCUUAAGAGAUUUUAUAAUGUUCAGUUCAGUGGUUCCCAAACUUUUUUGAGACCCCUUCUCAAUUGUUAAUUAAACUGGCGACCCCUGAGUAAGUGACAUAUUUUAUGGAUAUUUCAUAUUCUGUUUAAUACAUAACAAUAACAAUACAGAGCAACUGAUGGACUGUACAAAUGACCCAAUUAGUGAAUGCAAUACCUGCAGGAAGUUAUGUAAACAAGUGGUUUGGCUCAGUUUAUUUCUACAUAUUGCAUCUGAGGUGAAGUUUCCCAACAUGUUUAGGAACAUUUUAUACAAUUCCCUGUAUAUAUUAUGUUUUUUUAAUAAUCCUGCAGAGAUCUUUUAAAUGUUUAUAUCUUGAAUGAAGGCCUUAAUUGUAAAAAUGAUUUUAUUUAGCUUUCUUAACAGAAAUAUAUUAAAUGCUACAGUAUAGGCCCACUAUAUAUAUACAGUAUAUAGAUAUGUAUUUUAAUUUUUCUUACACCCCUAAAAUUAAUAAAGCCUCACGACCCCCAGGUAGCUUUUUAGAGCCCCUAGUGGGGGUCAGGACACCCACUAUGAUACGAUAUGCUACGAUAUACUUUAUUGUCCCUGUAGGGAAACUUGUUGUGGACUCUGGAGCUGCAUAAGUACUGCUGCCUCACAAUAAUAGUCCAGAAGAAAUAAAAAGCAUACACCAUAAAAACAUAAAAACACAUACUACCCAUAACAGUAUUGCAUAUCAGCCAUUCAUGUAUUGCACAUAACACCAGCACACAACGGGGCAACAUAAGCAAAGCACAACAAAGCCCCUAGAGUGUUACGUAACAUUAUUUAAACCCUUUUUUAAAUGAUUCAGUUUAAAUUUGGGUGUCCUGUAUUGUCUGCCUGUGGGUAAAAGCUUGUACUUAGUGUGGAGAAUGUGGGAAGAGUCAGACAGUAUUCUCUAUGCUUAUCUGAGAACAGACCGCUCAUAGUGUCUGGAGGGACGGGUGUUCCUUCCUCCCCGUGACAUUCAUGGCUUCUGAACCAGACAAGCAAGUGUUCAAGAUCAUGCUGGUGCAGAUGUUUCAUUGAUGCAUUAACAGUACUGUAGUGGGUCCAUUUUUGGCAAGUCUACACUGUAGGUACAUAAUGGUUGCUGUAUUUGGUGAACUUUGCAGUGCAUGCCCACAGGGACAUGGCGCAGUGUGCCCGCUGUGCACACAGUAGACCUACUGUGUGUCCACAGUUUGACCAGCCCACUGUGGGCCCUUCUACCACUGUGAAAUGUGGGGCCUGGUGGGCAAAGCUACUGCAUUUCAAAACUAUUAAUUAAAGCUUAAUUCUCAGAAUUUUUUCUAUGGAAAUUCUGCAGUAUUCAUUGAUGUUUUGAUGCCCCAAAUUAAGUUCAUGCUAUUUGCUCUUUGAAAUAAAUGUGCUGUAGUCUUAUAGUUACCUCACUGUCACUGAUAUGACAGCUGUGCAACACAAUUCCUGUGCUGAUCAUGGUGAAAAAUGGACACAGAAACUUCAUCGACUGUUGCCUGAAUGACAUUCAGAAGGUGGACGAAAAACUGUAAGCAAAUAAAUAAAUAACUAUACUACACA